AAACGCUGCCCAUCUCGAUCUCAUCAUCUUGGCGUGGGAACCAUCUGUUGUUGGUCGAGGUUCCCCACCGACAUGUCUGGCAGUAAGUUUCAAAGACCGAAGUACCCAUGCCACUUGGAAGCGUCGCCAUCGGUACACGCUUCAGCCAACUCUCGAACGGUACACGUCUGUCCAGUCCUUGGCGCGUUCGGUUUAUCCGGACACAUCUCUCCAAUGGGUUCUGCUCAUGGAGGUUAGGACAUGUGUGAAUUUUCACUCUGUCCGACGCUAGAGGAUGGGCACUAGGGAGGGAGUGCACGUCUCCCAAGUGUUAUCUUGGGUGGUGUCUGUCCAGUCCUUGGCGGGUUCGGUUUAUCCGGACACAUUUCUCCAGUGGGUUCUGCUCACGGGGGUUAGGACAUGUGUGAAUUUCCACUCUGUCCGACGCCAAAGGAUGGGCUCUCGCUCAAAUGGCAUGGGUGCUUGCUCCCUUAGCGUUUGAACUCCGUUUGUUAGACAAAUCUCCUGUUCAAUAUUUGGUAAAUGCUUUUGCUAUUUAUUGUCAUUUCUUUGCAUUGGCCUGGGCCUCACAAACAGAGAGAACCCUUCGUCAGCCCGUUGGGCAUUCAACAAUCUCGUCCGUCAACCGCUGUCAAGGACGCAACAAUUUAAACCCGAGUCUCAUCAAGCGGCGGAGCGUCCGCCUCUUUCCCCACAGCCAGAUACAAGGAUCCAUCCUCACAUUCUCAAGAGGCGGAGCGUUGCCCUGUUCGUGCCCGCCCCACACGACAAUGGGACAAGACACUGGGACCGCCGACGCCCGUUGUGCCCUUCUCGAUUCCGAACCAUACUGAACCAUGCGAGCUGAACGUGGUCUCCAAAGGAGCGCCGGUGACGAUUAUAUUCCCAUCGCCGAUCAAUACCGAGCAUAUCAGUGUGCAGGCCUUCCAUGGACGGUUCCUUAUUAAGAAAGCGCAAGAUUUGUUUUGACUAGUGAAUUGUAUAAAUUGUUCUGUAAUUAAUGGGCGAAGACUGAAUGUAUAAAGUGCUGUGUAGAUGGGCAGUUUUGUAUUCCAUCAUGUGUUGUAACCUUGAAGACAUGCGUACAUACUCAGUGAUAUUUGGCUUCUGUUUGUCCGAAAUUUUCUUAUGGAUGAGGCAUCUCUGACGUACCCAAGCCAUGGGGGAUAUGAGCUCUGAGGUUAGGAUGUUCAUGCAUAAGAAUACUAUAAGAAAAUGAGAGCGCAUGUAUUGGACUUGCCUCGUAAGUCUUUGCGCCAAUCGGCAGCAGAAACCUGAAGCCAAUAUGCUUUUGAGAUCUAGCGUAGUGGAUGAAAAGGUCUAUGACUAAAGGCGAGGAGCUCAGGACAAGUGUCAUUAGAUUGAGAGGAGAACUACGACAGAACUUCCAUGUCCGUCAACAUAUGAUUCCAGCGGCUACGACCUGGCGCAAGAACCAGUAUGGUUGAUAGUGAACCUCGAGAUGCAACAUCAAGGAGAGG